GACAGGCGCAGAUCCACCGCAGCCGCACGUCGGUAUCUCGCAGAUCAAACACACACAUUUUUGUUUUAAGAGGAGAAAUGGCUGCUGCUCUGUCCCGUGCCCUCAAACUGCCCGGGAAGAAGGGCUCAGAGCUCGGAGAGUACGACCCCCUCACCCAGGCGGACAGCGAGGACGAGAGCGAGGAGGACGACCUCGUGCUCAACUACCCCAGGAACGGCCUCGGCCGGGACGGCUGCAUGGGCUCGGGCUCCUCCAAGCACCGGGGCGGGGGCCGCUCCGGGAGACUGGUGGGGGCCGAAGACGAGGCGCAGGAGGACGAGGAGGAGGACGAGGAGGAGGACGAGGACGAGUGGAGGGAGCGACUCCCCAGCAAGUCCAGGCAGGGCAGGGACGAGGCGAAAGGCAUGCAGUACUGGAGCCACAGGGAGUCGAGCAGGGAGAGGUCGGGGGAGGACAGGGGGGGGCCAGGGGCGCUGGGGGGCGCUGGACUCGGGGUUCAUGGCGUGGACGCGGAAGAAAAGAGGAUACGCGUGAAGAACGCCGUACGGAGUGCGUUCUUCCUGGUGCCUCUGGUCUGUGCCAUGUUGCUGGUGCUGCUGUGUGCGUUUCUGAUCCCGUGCCAAAAGGCAGAACUGGAGAAGAAGCUGCAAUGGGAGAAAGCGUUGGGAGACGCAGGAGGUGUCACUCCGCCUGCACUGGCUCUGUGGGAUGUUGACGGUGAUUCUCUGGCGGAUGUGCUUCUGAGUGUCAUCGCGUGGACCAAUGGAACUCGCAUCAUGCAAGGAAGCAAAAUUUACAGUGCGGUGGCCGUGUCUGCCCUCAGCGGCCAAGUGCUGUGGAGGAAGAUCAUGCGGGAGAUGGUGAUGUCCAUCCAGUGCGGUCUGCAGCACAGCGAACCGCCGUCACCCGUGUGUCUCCUCAUCGGAAAGUCCGUCCUCAUGGCCGUCAACGGCACCACAGGGAAGAAGCUGUGGUCGGUGGUGCUUAGGAACAUUGAAUCCCAGGCGGUGUUGCUCCCAGACCUCCAGGGCGACUCAAUCCCAGAUCUACUAGUAGCUACCCUGCCUGUGAACAAGGACCUGGAUCUGUCCCUGACUUUGAUCUCCGGUGAGACGGGAGCGAUACUCGGACGUCCCGUGAAUUUCAACCUCACCGGACAGGGAAAGCUGAUUGGUCCUUUGCUGCAUGAGACACAACAAGGCUCAUACUACAUCCUGUUUGGACUAGGGAAUGUCGAGGCCAUCUCUCUGCGAGACAUCUACUUUCGUGCCACUGGAGAACUGCCCAUAAAUCAAGCUCUUAGGAGGAAGGAUCCAGGCUGGGAAGGACUCAGGAAAAAUAAUUCCUCGUCCCUGAUACACAUUUAUAGAGGAUCGGAGCAAGUGGAUUUCCUGCUCCCUCUAGUGGACGGUUUCUGCAGCAGCUUCAACAGCCUGGACGCCACGUCCAACCUGAACUCCACCAGAAGUGACUGGUUGCUGGUGUACGGAUCCAGUAAACAGUCGGUGCUCAGACAGAAGGACUUACGGAAACAAUGGACCCUCAACUCAUCCGCCAUCCACAGUCAACCAACGCCAGGUCACUUCAACAACGACGGGAUCCUUGACCUUUUCAGCCAGUACUCAGCGAACGGCACCAUGACGGCGCAGAUCGCGAACGGGUCGAACGGGCGCCUCCUCUGGUCGGCGGAGUUCGUGUGUCCUCGCCUCGUCUUGGAAACCGCCGCGAUCUCCACCUCGACGGGCCACUCGGCGUUCCUGUUCUGGGCCAGCGAGCCGCUCGGAGCGCAGAGGAACGUCACCAAGGCGACCGUGGCGCCGGCUGUUUCCGCGGCGCAGCCUCUGAUCAGAAAACUUUUCCUGCUGCAUCCUGCGUAUCCCACAGUCCUGCUGGAGCUCGGCAGCACCACAGACACCACGGUCACAGCAGCAGUGAGUUACGAGGAGCAUCAAAAAGACGCCACCUACAUCACCGUGUCCUCCCGGCCCACGCCCGACUCUGAGCCCGGCGCUCGCAUCGUCAAGAGCAUGAGCCUGAGGGCGGCCAUCGAUAAAGGGCAAAUCGUCCGGCUGGCGGAGGGCGGGAAGGCCGGGGGCGGCGUUAAACCCGGCGUGUUUGAGGUCAACAAGUUCUUCAGGCGUCUGUCGUUCAAACAUCAGUGACCGACCACCUGCUGCUGCCCUGGACUCGAGUGAAGAUGGAGGAGACACAAGUCCUGCACUCACAACUCAUUUAAAUCUGUUUACAUCUUAGUUUCAUCAAGUAGAAUUUCAUUUCUGGUACACGACGGGGAGAGACAUGUAUGGCCUCGGUUUUAUUUAUGUACAAAGGAAACGCUUUAAUUUAAUUUAUUAUUAAGUAUAUUAAUUUCUGAUUUUUGAUGGCAGCAGAUCAACAUUAUAUUGUGGUUUAAUACCGCCAGUGAAGCACAAUAACCUCGAAGAAGAAAGAGCUUUUACAGUAUUCUGCCAGGUCAGUAUUUCAUGAUUUUGUGGUGUCGUCCGCUACUCACAUGCAUUUUAUUCAUCCUCCUAAUAGUUAAGACGUGUAAAUAUUUAACGCUGUACAGUAUUUAUUUAUUUUGUUCAUUUUUUUUAUGACUAAAUUAUGAGUCAUUGUUUAUUUUCUCUGAAUUUGUGGCUGCUAAAGGUUAUUUAUGAGGCGUUUAAAUGUAAGCUGCGACUUCACAUAACACAAGACAAAGUAAAACUGAAAUGUUUACCUUGAGUGGUUUUUAUUUUACGUUAUAGAUUAUUCUGGUUCAUUUAGACCGGUUGUCCUCAUAAGUGGACAUUUUAGUCUGCCAUCUAGUGGUAGUGAAGGGUUAAUACACCAGUCAGUGUAAAAACUUGAUAGCAGGAAUUUCAGCAGAUUGAUUCUACAGCCAAUCAUGUGACAAAGGUGUGUAAGGUACAAAACCUCAUCAAAUUUUGUUCUUAAUAAACUUUUUUUUAUUUUA